ACAUUAUUAAUAGGUAUCUUUGAAAAAUGCAACAAUUUAUAAAAAACAAGCACGUAAGAAAUACAAGAAAUAUGUCCUACAAAAAAGUACUAUUCUAUACUCCAUGCAUAACUAAAACUAAGCAUAUAUCAUUACUACAUUCUUAUAAUAGGACAACUUUUACUCAGACCUGCAUUAGAUCACUAUUGCAAAUAAAGAACUUAAGUUUCCAAAAUUUAAAUUCAAAAACUUUCACAACAGUAGAGAAAAAAGAUACCUUUAAAGAACAAGAAAAUUUUAAGAAAAAAAACUCAAUACACGAAUAUCAAAAAUCUAACAAGAUAUACGAAAAUCUAAAGACAAAUCAAUAUUUUUCAGGACACCAAGAACUUAAAGAAACACUUAAAGAAAUACUACGGGAGUUUAAAGCACCUAUACAGUUUUCAUUUGCAUAUGGAAGUGGUGUCUUUAAACAGAAAGGAAAUAAUAAAGAACCAAUGAUUGACUUUAUUUUUGGAGUAUCUCAAGCACAGCAGUGGCAUUCUUUAAAUUUAUUCCACAAUAAUAAUCAUUAUUCGUUUCUAAAAUACUUUGGUAGCUAUUUUAUAAGUUAUUUACAAGAAAAAAUUAAAGCAAAUGUAUAUUACAAUCCAUAUAUUAAAAUUAAUAACAUAACAAUAAAAUAUGGAGUAAUUACAAUUGACGAUCUUUGCCAAGAACUUAGUGAAUGGAAUACAUUAUAUCUUUCUGGAAGAAUGCAUAAACCUAUAAAGAUACUUAAAGAUGAACCACGUGUCAAAUUUGCAUAUAACAAAAACCUGAUCUCAGCUUUAAGAGUAGCAAUGUUAUUACUUCCAGAAAAAUUUUCAGAAUAUGAACUAUACUCAACAAUUUCUAAAAUAUCAUACACUGGAGAUCCAAGAAUGAAAUUCGCAGAAAACCCAAAUAAAAUAGAAGCUAUAGUAAAUACACAGAUUUAUGACUUCCAUCAACUAUAUUUUCCUUUAAUAAAUAAGUUGCCAAAUAUUCAAGUUAUCUCAAACAAACAAACUAUUGAAACAUGCAAAACGCUUAUCCAAGACUUUAAUCCUGUUUCAAGGGCGAAUAUGAUUCGACAACUUCCUAAAAAAUUUAAAGAUCGUCUAUAUUAUGCUUAUAGUCAAAAAGCAAAAUAUGAAAAAAUAAAUUAUAAUGAACCAUAUGAAAAUGAUUACUCUUUUGAAAAAAUGAUAAUCAAAGACAAAUGUUUCCAUAAAGAACUAAUAAAAACAAUCAAAACAACAGUAUAUUGGCCUAGUGUUUCACAAACUCUAAAAGGAAUAUUGAGUGGAGGAAUAUACAAAAGCUGGAAUUAUCUGACCGAGAAAAUAAAUAAAAACAUAAACGCAUAA